CAUAAUUAUAGAAAACUUAUUAAUAAAUAUUGGGUUGAUAUGUAUGCCAAAAUAGAAUCAGAACGGCUUUUAUUUAUACGAAAUAAUCAGUCAAAAUUAAGAGCGGAAGAUUACAUUCAUUUACGUGAUGCUAUAGAAAAUGACGGUCAUGUGAAUGACAUUGGACAACUUUAUAUUUUACCUUCUUCAUUUACAGGAGGUCCAAGAUACAUGCACGAAAAAACUAUGGAUGCCAUGACUUACGUUCGUAAUUUUGGAACUCCAAAUUUGUUCAGUACAUUUUACAAGUAAUCCAAAUUGGACGGAAAUAAAAAGAGAACUCAAACAUGGUCAAACCCCACAAGACAGACACGAAAAUACCUUCAAAAAUAAUACAGGAAAACUUUUUUGUGUGGAUAUAUUUGAUGCUACGGGAGAAAUACGUCUCACCGCUUUUAAUAACGAUGCCGAAAAUGUGUGCUCAAUUUUCAAGAAAGACCAGAUUUUUAGCAUAGUAAAUGGAAAAAUUAACAAAGCUAAUAAAUUAUACAAUUGCCUUAAUCAUAAUUAUGAAAUUAUAAUGGGACCUAUGACAAUUAUUACUCAAAUAGAAGAUACAUCGGAUGUAGUUCCAACACACGUCACUCUUAUGACGUUUGAUAGUAUUAUAUCAUUAAAUAAUGAUGCGAUAGUUGACACUAUUGGAGUAAUAAUUCGCAUAGAAGACAUAGUAGACAUUGUGAAGCCAACCAAAACACUGAAACUACGAGAUGUUAUAAUAGCAGAUAAUACUGGAAUCGAGAUUACACUUACGCUAUGGAACGAAGAAGCUUCUGUAUUUAGUGGAAAAAUAGAAGACGUUCUUUCAGUUGAGAAGGGUAAAUUAGUUGUUUAUAAAAAAGGUAAAAAAUUAUCUGUAACGCAGUCUACGGUUAUACAAACUAACCCUAAUUGGCCUGAAAAAGAAGUGUUAAAAGAAUGGUAUAAAAAGGAGGGCCAAUAUCAAGUCAAUAGAAUGGAUUUAACACAAUCAUCGUCAAUCGAUAACACUACGUUAAAUCAAUCAGAUAACGCAUAUUUAACAUCAGUAGAUGAUAAGAUUUUUUCACACAUAGUGAAAGACGAAAAGUCUACGAAACGUCGUUUUGACGAGAUAUACGUCCUCCAAGAACAGCUGCAAAGUGAAAUUACUGAACUUACAUUUAAAAAAAUUAGAUUAAAUCUCGAACGUCAAGUGGUAGAGAAUAGGAUUAUUAAUAGAAGACAAAAAGACAUUGAUUAUUAA